UAAUUCCUAGUUGUUAAGUAUGAAACAUUCGGACAAUGCCUAAGAAGAUACCACAGUGACUUUAUGGGUGCUGUAUGUACAUGCAAAGUCUUAGGCCUGAUACAUAAAGGGGAUAGUAUCCGGUUUUGCAAGGUCAUGUCGUCGAGUCGAUAAAUUAAUGCUAUCUGCAAAUGCAGCGUGCAGAUACGGAAGCAAUGUUCGUAUAUUGACAAUAGUAUUUAUCGGCACAAGCUGCAAUACUUUUUGUUAGAACGAAAGUUGGGCAAAAUCUACAUUUAGCGCUAAUAGUCUAAAUACAAAUAAGACAAGACCUUGAAACCUUAUCGAAUGCAGGAUAUAAUCAGGCUAUCAUUCACAUAAUUAAAAUUUUAAAUAAAUAAGUAAAUGGGACUAGUGCCAUUUCGUGAGACAAUAUUAACACGUAGCUCUGUUGGUAAUACAUGAUACAAUAUCUACGCAUCUCGGCAAGGUCUAUGCUGUGUGAGGGUCUUUCAAGACUACCCCCAAGUCCUAUUCAGAAGAUUAGAGGAAAGCAACAACAACAAUUCAUCCAGGGAGUCCAGUAGUGAACGCGCAAAUAGUCCUAUGACGGCUCAGUCUACUUUCAGCUCGAGAACAGAAUCUUCUCGGGCUUUGCCUUCACCAUCAGACCAGAGGCGAGCCGAUCACGAGAAUCAUACGGGUUCGAAAGACGAUCACAGGCGAGGUGAUCGUAGCGAUCGUAGUCGUCAUUCUGACAAGAGUCGUCGUUACGAUGACCGAAGGCAACGUGACAAUAGCAGUAGUCACAGAGACCGGAGCAGAGAUCGUAGGAGUAGGGAUGAUGAUAAGCGCAAAACGUCUCUUGGAUCGUCCAAGGACGAAAAAAGUGACGACAGAGAGAGGAGCGACAAGGAUCAUCAUUACAGGGAUGAUCGGAGGGAUCGUAAUCGUGACAGGAGUGAUAGGGACAGAGAUCGUCGGGAGGGACGCAGAGAUCGUAGCGACCGCAAUGAACGGGAUCGGCGACACUCCAGGGACGACCGGAAGGAUCGAUAUCGGGACGAGCGUUCGAGCUAUCACAAGGAGAGGGACCGCACGCGAUCGAGAUCACGAUCGAGGGAUCGCGCGCCACCGCUACCAUUUAGAACGAUGAGUUAUCGAGAGGAAAAGGGCCGGAACAAGCUAGCCCAGUUGGAGAAACUGGGCAUAGAGCUGAAGCCGCCAGAAGGCGGCGAUGCUGUGAUGCCCGGUAGUGUUCAGGGCGAGCAGAACUAUUACAAUCCGUUGGCGACGGCGACGCAGGGCAAGUACGCGGAGCAGAUCCAGAAGAGAAAGCUGUUAUGGGCGAACAAGUCAAAGCAAGACGACAGUAACAGUACGUCAACCGCAGCUUCCACUGCCAACACGUGGAUGGGAACGACUUUUACGCACGAUCAAGACGGGAAGGUGACGGCCAAGUUCAAGCGAUUAAUGGGUAUUAAGGGCGACCUACCUAGCACGCCAGCGGUAGGAGCCAAACCGGAUAUUCUAAAAAAGCAGGAAGAGAUGUUUAACAAUAUGGAGCAACAAUACGAAGUAGCGCGUGCUACUACGCAUACGCAACGUGGUGUAGGGCUGGGUUAUGCAACCGGUGGUUAUCAAUUUCCACGAUAAAAUUGCACUGGAACUUUUUGUCCAUUGUUUAAUUACAUUUAAUAUUGGUAGAUAUAUUGAUGCAUAUAGAAUUUAUGUUUGCCAGUUCGCGAUUUUACGUCGAUUCGGUUUUUUUUUUUUAAUUUUUAUUUAUAGACUGGAUCGUAUUAUUUCUAAGUCUUUCCCGCGAGUUGCGUAAGAAUAGCAAACUGCAGUUAAUCCAGAUUCAAAGUUCACCGAUUGCAAUGAAGUUAUGUAUUUGCGCGUUGUAAAAGCACUAAAAAUAAAUUUAUUAAGAUUAUCUAAAAAAAA